AAAUCGUGAAACUACCUCCUGAGGAUGACUCCACAGUCUACUCUACACCAGAUGCGGACUGGCCCUCUGUCGGCAGCGUCGAAAUCAAAUGCGUCAGCAUGAGUAAAUGGAGCGACCCAUUGCUGCCGUCUUCGGAUGAUGCUAAUUCGGAACCGACAGACCGGAAUUGAAACCCGCUGUGUCAAACGUGUCGUUCCAUGCUUCCGCCGGGAUAAAAAUUGACAUCUGCGGCAGAUCUGGCUCGGGGAAGAGCAGCAUGAUACUGGCCCUGUUCCGUGGCCUGACCGACUCGCUUGUAUCCGGUCAGAUCAUCAUCGACGGCGUGGACAUCAACAGUCUGUCACGCUCACACCUACGCAAGGCCCUCAGUGUCGUCGCACAAGACCCAUUUAUCUGGCACGCAUCAAUUCGCUUGAACCUCGAUUCAGAGGAAGCGUUCGCAGAUGCGGCGAUCUGGGCCGCCCUUGACCUCGUUGAGAUGAGUGAAGCGGUGGCGGAGCUUCCGGAGAAGCCGGACACGAUACUCGAGGACGGUGGGUCUUUGUCCAACGGACAGCUGCAGCUUCUCUGUCUGUCGAGAGUGCUUCUGCGCAGGAGGACAAUUGUCGUCCUCGAUGAAGCGAGCAGUAGCCUUGACCUCCACACCGACGAGAAGAUACGCGCCGUCAUCCGAACAGAGCUGUCCGACUGCACUGUCAUCGCCGUGGCGCAUCGUAUCGCCACGAUCGUCGAUUUCGACUUCAUUCUCGUCAUGGACGACGGUGCGCUGGUGGAGCACGGCACUCCCGAGGACCUCCUCGCACGCCCAAACAGCCGAUUCGCACGGCUCGCCGCUAGCCAGGGGAUCGUCCGCAACCAGCUCCAAUGACCAGGAUACUAUACCUCGUCUAGUACAGUCCAAUCAUGUGCCGCACAUACGGAUGCUACCUACACACGAUACCGUUGAUAGCGUACAACAUCAAUACGAAAUGCGGGGUGUGCACGGAAUGUAUCGUAGGAGAGGAG